AUGAGGCAAAGGAUCUCGACAGGUCGUGAGAGGAAGACGGCACUGUGGGUUGUCUUCGCCACCGCCGCAGUUCUCGCUCUCCUUCCUGCCGGAGCCGUGAACUUUUGGUCCUUCUCGGUGAUCCUUUCAGACGGUAGCACACAGGUGGUCUGGCCCGCUCUUCCAUCUGCCCAAUACGUGGUAGAGUAUGCGACAGACGUGAACUUCACAUCUGGCGUUCAGCAGUUGUCAUCGCCUUCAAUCGCUCCACUGUGCCUCACCUGCACAGACCUGACCACAACAGACCCCAGCACAAUAUCUGGAAGGCGCCGGCUGCUGGCGAUAGGCAACUUCUACAGGGUGACAGCGGCCUAUGCAAAUGGCACCACCAUGGCCAUGAGCACGCCUCAACAGUCCCAGGACACCAAUGCAGGCACUGCGGAUGUGACUGACCCGGGGAACUACUACGUGUACCCUGCCCCCUACGGCAGCACUGCCCCAGGCUGUGGAGACUGGACAUCACCCUGCUCUACCAUUGCUUCCGGUAUUGCAGCUGGCAUUUACAACCAGGGCUACCUGUGGAUCGGGCCAGGAACCUAUACGGGUGCAGGCAACAACGGCCUGACAUUCGGAACUCCUGAACUGCGCGUGGCUUCCUUGGCAGGGGCAGCCCACACAAUCAUAGACAUGCAGGGAUCAGGCAGAGCCUUCUCGUUCACCACUGAGUCUUCUCUGACAACAAUCAGCGGCCUUACCAUCCAGGGUGGCUCUGCUACAGGAGGGGGCGCCAUGCUGUUCUCAAGCAGCGCCUCCCCAGUGAUCAGCUAUGUCACCUUCCAUAACAAUACGGCAGUGCCCGGAAGUGUUGGUGGCGGCGCGAUAUAUGUCAAUGGGGCAGGUGGCUUUCCGAGAUUUACCGGCUGCACCUUCACGCAAAAUGUGGCUGACAGCGGUGGAGCUAUGUUCGUGAGCAGCUCCAUCCUUGCGAUUCAGGACUGCCUCUUUGACGGCAACUAUGCAGUUCAGAACGGAGCCGGCCGUGGCGGCGCCAUUAUGACAAGCGCCAGCGUUGGUCUGGGAAUGGCAGACACAUGGUUCCAAAAUAACUAUGCAACUCUCGAUGGAGGCGGCAUUUUCACCUUCUUUGCUGGAUGCUACAUCUUCGACUCAGAAAUUGUCGGCAACAAGUGA